GGUCAUACCGGUAAGGCUUCUUAGUGUACUCGUGCGAAUUCGGGUUACCGGAUUGGGAAAUCCGACCACGAUUCGUUCCUCUUAGCGUCGCCGCCGACGAGUUUCUUUCGCAUCCAUCUAAUCCAUUUAACCUUUCCGGUACUGUUGGACUAGGCGAAUUAGCGUCCAAGUUUUAGUUGGUUUGCGGGGACCCUGGGCUGUUUUGGAAUGGGGAAUGGGGGGAUCCUACUGCCUUUCCGGGGGAGGGCCCUUCUAACUUAGAAGGUGCCGCAGAAGAGCCACAGAAUAGCCACUUCCCCUACAAUCCCCUACCACUGGUUACCAAAGCAGCAAGGAAAGUUUACCUUUGCAGUUGCAGGUGAUUUCCCCUAGAUGGUGCGAUCUUACCCGCGUGCCGCCCAAUUGCUAAUCGAAUCAUCUCACCCGCAAUCUUCCUAUCGGUCCCUCCGAUUUCUACAACCUACAACCGUGACAUCGGGAAGAGAUUAUCUUCAACGACCUCCUUUCAUCCAUGGCGCCGAAAAGUUCCAGGGCCUCCACAUUCCAACAACAACAGUUCCACCGCCGGGUUCAGGUGCUCGGCCACUCGACUCCAGGUACCCGCUAUGCUGUGUACGUAGAUCCGACCGGGUUCGUGACCCCACCAGUGAGAAGACGAGGUUCCAGUUUUUCCCUACUUGCUGGUUGGUAACCCCGGCUUCUAUACUCGAAAGGGUUGGAGUCAAGUUGCCGCUCAGCGGUCUAUAUCUUUGCCUCUUUGAUCUCGCGGUCGCUGCUUAUAUCACCUUUACGUGGAAUAAUCAUACAUAUAUAGACGUGAAUUACCCCCUCUUCAGUAGCCUAUAUCUCGAAGGUGAAAUCCACUUCCUCUUUUCUCUUUUGCACCCUUCCUUUCUCUAUUCGGGUCUAAGCCGAGCUGUCUACGACGGUACCAGCAGAGAGGAAUUGAUACUACCUUCUAAGGUAACACUGGCUACCAACCAGCAUAUGUACGACCCACAUUCUGAUCGACAUAGGAAAAUAUAAAAGUCGAUUGACGUGCUGAUCUGCGUCCAGAUUGAUCUUACGGCCUAUCUCUCUCGUUGACCACCGGACCAGCAGCCUUCUUUUAUAAAGAUAGCUGGAUCAUCUCGGCUUCUCAUAGCUUUGAGCAUAUCAUCUAUCAUUAGAAAGACGCCGCCCGUCUCAUUUUGUUCACCAUGGGGAAGUUUUUCGGCCUUCGCGGCCACUGGCUCAAUUAUGCCAUAGGUAUCAUCGCAGGAUGCGAUUUCCUGCUUUUUGGAUACGGUACUUUA